GAUCAAAUCAUCACUAAAUGUUUCCUUCUUAUUCUUACAGUUUUUAUCGUGACCGGUCAGAACUUCAAGAACAAAUCAGGUUCUUAGUGGAUCUGUUCUGUGCAGCAGCAGAGAGAGAACAGCAGACAGGAGAGAAGAUAGUGGAGCUGUUAUCAUCAGUCUGUGGACAUAAAAUAUUCCCUCUGAAUAAAACAGACAUGAAUGAUGAUUAUUAUCAGAGUGACUUCCUGCUGGAUCUGUACUCUCAGGUGAAGGACCGUGAAACUAAAACAGGUCUGAGUCUCCUUCCAUCAUUACAGUCAGUUUUCCAGUCAGCUACAGUCUGGAUCAUAAACCAAUCAGGUUCUUAGUGGAUCUGUUCUGUGCAGCAGCAGAGAGAGAACAGCAGACAGGAGAGAAGAUAGUGGAGCUGUUAUCAUCAGUCUGUGGACAUAAAACAUUCCCUCUGAAUAAAACAGACAUGAAUGAUUAUUAUCAGAGUGACUUCCUGCUGGAUCUGUUCUCUCAGGUGAAGGACUGUGAGACUAAAACAGGUCUGAGUCUCCUUCCAUCAUUACAGUCAGUUUUCCAGUCAGCUACAGUCUGGAUCAUAAACCUGUCAGAGACAGAAUCCUCCAUCCUCCUGGAAGUUCUGAAACUCCAAUCAGAGAAGAAACAAGUGAAGCUCAGAGGCUUCAUAUAUGAAGAGAGUGAAGUGAAGAGUUUCCUGCAGUGUCUGCCUUAUAUCUCACAGCUCAG